UAUCAGAAGAAGAAUAUAAAUGGUGGAUGGAGAUAAAGAGAAAACAGCACGAGAGAAGAAAAGAGAAGAGAUGGCAGAGAAUGUGAUGAAUGCGAUUCAGUACGAGAAGUAUGGAGGAGGUCCCGGUGGCUUGAAGCACGUUAAAAUUGGAGUUCCCAGUCCAAAGAAGAAGGAGGUUUUGGUGAAAGUGGAAGCUGUUAGCAUCAAUCCAGUCGAUUGGAAGAUUCAGAAGGGUGUUAUGAGACCUUUAUUUGUCCCCGGAAACUUUCCUCAUACACCUUGCACCGAUAUCGCCGGAGAGGUGGUUCAGAUCGGACCACAAGUCAACGAUUUCAAAGUUGGAGACAAAGUCCUUUCCAGACUCUCUACUCGAUAUGGAGGUGGAUUGGCUGAGUUUGCUGUGGCUAGUGAGAGCUUAACAGCUUUGAGGCCACCUGAAGUCUCGGCUGCUGAAGCUGCAGCGUUACCUAUUGCCGGGCUCACAGCUCGUGAUGCCCUCGCUCAAAUUGCGGGAGUCAAGCUUGAUGGGACUGGUGAGCCUAAGAACGUUCUGGUAACUGCUGCUUCAGGUGGUGUAGGUCACUAUGCUGUUCAACUGGCAAAACUAGGGAACAACCAUGUCACAGCGACUUGUGGGGCUCGGAACAUUGAGUUUGUUAAGGGCUUAGGUGCUGACGAGGUUCUUGACUACAGGACGCCGGAGGGGGCAGCGCUCAAGAGUCCAUCUGGUAGGAAAUAUGAUGCAGUCAUAAACUGCACAACUGGAAUACCUUGGUCGACUUUUGAUGCUAAUUUGACUGAAAAGGCGGUGGUGGUUGAUUUAACUCCUAAUCCAUCUUCAUUUCUGACUGCUGCACUUAAGAAAGUUACUUUUUCGAAGAAGCGGCUGGUGCCAUUUUUUGUAGAUGUCAAGCGUGAGGGCCUGGACAAUCUACUUCAGUUAUUGAAGGAUGGGAAACUCAAGUCUGUUAUUGAUUCCAGGUUUCCUUUGAGCAAAGCCGAAGAUGCUUGGGCUAAGAGCAUUGAUGGCCAUGCCACUGGAAAAAUCAUUGUGGAGCCAUAGUUUAUUGGCUAAUGGCUACUUUGCUUGGAGCUGUUGUAAUCAUGUAAUUUCUGCAUUUUUAUCUUGACAAUGUUUGUGUAAGUUAAAAGCUCUGGCUGUAUGAUAUUUGUUGAUAUUUGUUGUACUCAAUUAUUAAUAAUGUGUGAAUUCAUUGUUGUGUUUAUCACUCCAUCACAUCCGUGGUGAAGUCAA